UCCGAGCACCGGCUGAUGUGUACAUAUAAAAAGGGACCAUGAAACCCUUUGCCAUUCCUUACUUUUUGGCAUCGGCUUUCAACUUUGAAGCACUUUGCUGACCGCUAAAUCAUAACAAACACGUUCUCGUUCUCUCCUACACACCAAAAACAAAACCCAAUUUGGUUCCAUAGCCUUUCCACUAAUGGAAAAUCAACAGCAGCAGCGCCAGCCUGCUUCCGUGAAAUCAAGAUUCAGACGUGUCUGUGUUUUCUGUGGGAGCAGCCCUGGCAAGAACCCUAGCUACCAGCUUGCUGCUAUCCAACUCGGCAAACAACUGGUGGAAAGGAACAUUGACUUGGUUUAUGGAGGAGGAAGCAUUGGCUUGAUGGGUCUCAUCUCCCAAGCUGUCUAUGAUGGCGGUCGCCACGUUUUGGGAGUAAUUCCCACGACUCUCAUGCCAAGAGAGAUCACCGGAGAGACAGUGGGAGAAGUAAGAGCCGUAUCAGGCAUGCACCAACGCAAAGCCGAAAUGGCUCGUCAAGCCGAUGCAUUCAUUGCCUUGCCAGGUGGGUAUGGCACCUUGGAAGAACUAUUGGAAGUUAUCACUUGGGCUCAGUUGGGAAUUCAUGAUAAGCCGGUGGGCUUGUUAAACGUGGACGGGUACUACAACUCACUCCUCUCAUUCAUAGACAAAGCAGUUGAUGAAGGCUUCGUAACACCUGCUGCCCGUAACAUUAUCGUCUCUGCCCAAACUGCCCAAGAACUCAUGUGCAAGCUCGAGGAAUAUGUUCCCAAGCACUCUGGGGUGGCACCUAAGCUAAGUUGGGAGAUGGAGCAGCAUUUGGGAUACACAACAAAGUUAGACAUUGCUCGUUGACCUGAUGAUCAGAUAUCUACACACAUGAUGGAUGCUUAAUGGCCGUAGAUUUUAGCAAAAGUCUCCACAAACACACGUAACCUGUAGAUUGAAAAGUGCCACCACAGUUCUUUUAAUUAGCUGUGGAACAUGCUUUGAAUUUUUUUUAAUUUUUUAUUUAUUUUGUCCAUUUGAAUCUGACCUCGACGUCAAAGGCCAGUGAUUUUAAUACUACUUUUACUAUGUCGGUGUAUAUAUCGGAGUUUGUCUCUA